AUGGCACAGAACCUACCCAAGCUCCCAGAUUGGGAACAAGUGAGUACGAAUAUCAUAAGGAUCCUGGGGGGAAAUCCUGGAAAGUUCACUCUGCAAGGAACAAACACAUACCUUCUCGGCCGAGGCCAGCAGCGCCUCCUCAUCGACACUGGCCAAGGCGAGAAUAAAUGGGUCGACACCCUGCGUGAGGUCUUGCGAACACAAUCGCCCCAACCGGCGACCGUAUCGACGUGUCUCCUGUCACACUGGCACCAUGACCACCUAGGCGGCGUCAAGGAUCUCGAAUCUCUCUGCGCCGAUGAGGGAACGGAGCUGCAAGUCUACAAGAAUCAACCUUCGCUGAACCCGGACCGCCUCAUUGACCCGGACCGCGUGCUUGAGAUCGUCGACGGCCAGCACUUUAUCGCUUCGUCAGAAAGUGAACCUGACUUCGAAAUCGAAGCAAUUCACACCCCCGGCCACGCGAAAGACCACAUGAGCUUCCUAAUCACUUCGUCGUCGGACCCAAGCGAAAUCGGCGCCAUGUUCACAGCGGACAAUGUCCUCGGCCACGGCACAGCGGUCUUUGAAGAUCUGGGCCUCUACCUAGAGAGCUUGGCGUUGAUGAAGCAGCGUGUCGCCGCCAGUAUUGCGGUGCAGAACACCGCCGGCAAAACGAGACGAGCAUACCCCGGGCACGGCGCGGUGAUCGAGGACGCCGUCUCCAAGAUUGACGAAUACAUCACGCACCGACGCAUGCGUGAAGAGGAAGCAUUGAAUGUCCUACGUUACGGCACGGCCAAGAAUCCCGACGCCCCCUCGCAAUCUGUGGUGCGCGAUUCAUUGACAACGGUGGGAGAAAGCGAUAGCGAAAGUGAAAUGGGGGUGGGAGGGAAGGAGGUUGCCGCAGGUAAAGCGUGGACGAGCAUGGAAAUGGUCAAAGUAAUUUAUCGGCAUUAUCCGGAGAAUUUGUACCAGCCGGCGGAGUUUGGGCUGUUGAUGGUGCUGGAGAAGCUGAGGAGGGAUGGGAAGGUAGUGAAGACGAGUGAAGGGAAGUGGAGGAUGGGUGAGAAGGCGACACUAUAG